CUUCUCCUGCCUUCCAACGACACAAGAGAACCGAGAGCCCACCUCCCCUCUCCUCUCCUCUCGGUGUGCAGCGCGGCGCGGCGCGCGCAGAGAGAGAAAGGAAGAGAGACAGACAGAGAGAGAUCCUCCUCGCAUCGCCAUCAUUCUCCAAUCUACCUGCUCUGAUUCAUCUGCGCUCUCGGCCGCCGCCGCCGCCGCCGCCUCUCCCGUCGGUCGCGCCGCGCAGGACGAUCCUCCUCGCCGCAACGCGCGCGCUUCACGGUUCUGUGAUCUACCAUUGGCCUCAGGGAAGAUCCUAAGAGAGAGGAUAACUUACAUUUUUUAAUUCAGGUUAAGUAAAAUUACCCGCGGGGGGCAAAUGGCUGCAAUCAUGUUAUGCACGUGCAGCGGGGACCAAUCGAAGUUUGAAGAGAUGCCCCGAUCACCGGAAUCUCUCGCAACCCGGGAUUUCUCAGCAAGUGGUUCUUGUUCGAGACCAGGAAAACGAGAAGCAACACCUGAUGAUAGCCAAGUGAAUGAAGUGGAAUCGGACUUAAGAGAGACUCUUUCGCUAAAUUAUGAGGAGGCCCGGGCAUUGCUGGGUAGACUGGAGUAUCAGAGAGGAAACUUUGAUGCAGCAUUGCAAGUCCUUCAGGGCAUUGAUAUAAGAAGCCUCAAACCACGAAUGACCAGUGCUGUUACUGAAAGUGCCAAGCCUAAAGUUUCUCCACGUUCUUCAAGAAGGAAAACCUCACAAGUGAAUGGAAUGCUAGUGCAUAUGUCAAUGCAUUCUGUAAGUUUGCUUCUGGAAGCCAUAUUGCUUAAAGCGAGAUCUUUGGAAAGACUUGGUAGAGUGACAGAUGCUGCAGAAGAAUGCAGAACCAUCAUAGAUAUUGUAGAGUCUGCAUGGCCGGAUGGUGUUCCUGAAGGUACUUCCGAAGACUGUAAGUUGAUAGACAUGUUCCACUCGGCUCUAGAAUAUCUUCCUAACCUAUGGAUGAAAAGUGGUUGUUUUGAGGAGGCCAUAACUGCAUAUCGGAGAGCUCUUUCAAGGCCCUGGAAUUUGGAUUCUCAAAGGUCCGCCAACUUACAAAAAGACUUAGCGGUGACUCUACUGUACUGUGGUAUUGAAGUGAAGUCUCCUCAAGAGUUCAGUCAGCAACGGAACUUGGCAACCCCGGAGAACAACAUCGAGGAAGCAAUUUUGCUGCUGUUUGUACUUAUCAGAAAGCUAACCCUCCAAGAAAUAAAGUGGGAUCCUGAUCUCGUGAACCAUUUGAUGUACGCACUGUCAUUGUCUGGUCAUUAUGAAGUCUUGGCCAGGCAUCUAGAGAUGUUGUUACCUGGAACCUAUAGCAGAUCAGAAAGAUGGUACGUUCUCGCGCUUUGCUACAGUGCAGCUGGCAUGGAUGAUAGUGCCUUAAACAUCAUAAGGAAUGGUUUCCGUGUGUUACAAAGGAAGGGGAAACCUCAUAUUCCAUCUCUUCUUCUAGGAGCCAAACUAUGUUGUAAGAACCCAAAGCAUGCUUCUGAAGGAAUAAAAUUUGCAAAUAAAGCCAGGGAGUCAUUCAGAAGUCAUGAUAUGCAUUUCAUCAGUGCUGUGAAUCAUUUCCUUGGUGUUUGCUAUGGACCUUUUGCUAGGUCAUCCACUUCUCACACAGAAAAAAUGAGAUUGCAAGAUGAUGCACUGAGGCUGUUGCAGGAUGCUGCGGCAACGGCGAAGUAUAAUCCUGAAAUACUGUACAGCCUUGCUUGGGAAAAUGCAAUGCAGCGCAAACUGAAUGCAGCCAUUGAAAGUGCAGCGGAAUGUCUCGAAAUGGUGACAGGAAGUUCAGUGAGUACCUGGAAGCUGUUGAUUCUAGUGUUAUCUGCACAGCAGAAUUUGGAAGAAGCUGAAUCAGUAGCUGAUAUUGCACUAGAUGAGGCUGAGCAAGAGGAUCAAAUGGAUAUUUUGAGGCUAAAAGCACUAAUUCAGUCCUCCCGUGGACAAUUCAAGUCUGCUGUGGAAUCUUUUAGGAUUUUGCUUGCAAUCAUUCAAGCAAAGAAGGAAAUCUGGAAAUUGACCCCUUAUGAUAAGGUUAAAUCCCUGCAUAAGUUAGAGAUGGAAGCAUGGUUAGAUUUGGCAUCAAUAUACACAAAGCUUGAAGCAUGGAAUGACUCAAACAUCUGUCUUGACAAAGCAAAAUCCAUCGAUUUCUUAUCUCCAAAGUGCUGGCAUGUCAAAGGCCUGAUAUUGGAGGCCCAGUCCUUGCACCAAGAAGCCCUCGAGGCAUUCUCAUUCUCCCUCUCCAUCAAUCCAGACUAUGUCCCUAGCAUGGUUUCUAUGGCAAGCAUUCUAAGAACUCUAGGAGCGAAAUCAUCGUCAAUCGCGAGAACUUUCCUUCGCAGCGCCACCCGCUUAGAGCCAACAAACCAUCAAGCCUGGAUGGGGCUCGGACUCGUCCUGAAAUCUGAAGGAUCGGUGCUUGAGGCCGCUGACUGCUUCCAGGCAGCUUACGAGCUCCUAGAGUUGUCACCUAUUCAGGAUUUCUCCGAGCAACUGCCCAUCUUGCUGCAGUAGGAACUCGUCGCCUUGCCAGAUAUCAAAAAGGAAAAGAAAGUAAACAUUGCCUUGCCAAAUAGCACAGGUUUUGCUGUAGAAAUCUCAUUGCAUCCUUGGCUCUCCAACCAGUAAAUUAUGUGAAUGUAGUAUACCCAUUUUGUUUUGUGGAUGAGCAGUUAUGGUAAAUUAUGUGAGUGUAGGUAUUUCUGUUAAUGUUGCAACUCCCUGUGCUGCACAUUCAGUUUUGUUCUAUUGGAAGAACAUAAAUGAAAGAGAUAUGCUUGGUAGAGCGA